AUGAAGAAGACUGCAUUCCAGACUCAUUAUGGACAUUAUGAGUUCGUGGUGAUUCCAUUUGGGCUCACCAACGCGCCAACUAUAUUUAUGGACCUGAUGAAUCGGGUCUACAGACCGAUGCUUGAUCGCUCGGUCAUUGUGUUCAUAGAUGAUAUCUUGGUGUAUUCCAAGACCAGAGAACAGUACGAGGAGCACCUCCAUGAGUUAUUAGGAGUUCUGAGACGAGAACGGCUGUAUGCCAAGUUCUUGAAGUGCGAGUUUUGGUUACGAGAGGUUCAGUUCCUUGGACAUCUUGUUAAUCAGGAUGGGAUUUUGGUCGAUCUGGCCAAGAUCGAGGCAAUUAUGUAG